UAUUGCCCACAGCAAGACUACUUGGCAUUAAAGACGGCUGGUGGUAGGAGCUGCGGACACUCGUUUCCAGAAGCUACUGUUCACUUGCUGCCGCCAACAAAUUUAGUGAGGGUAGAGGAAAAGGGGAAAACUUAAAUCUUUGACUGAAUGGUGACGGUCUGGAUCUGAACCUUGUUCUUCCAACCCUUCUGCCAGCUCUGAGCCUCAUUGAGCUCUUCCCUACCGAAAGCAACUCCAACUGAAAGUUUUGUCACAUUUGGACCUGUUAGCUCUGCAUCAGCUUGAAUAUAUUUGAAGGAGUAUACACUGUAGAAAAUAAACAGCAGAGAUUUUCUUGGAUACUUCUGUGUGACAACAUGGCAAAGAAAAACAGCCAAAAAGAUACAUCCGGAGUGGUGUUUGAUACCCGUUCAAAAAUGGUCAUGUCCCAGGGUGGAACGGCUGAGAGGAUGAAGGAGAAGAUCAGUGCUGUCAGGGCGGUUGUCCCCAACAAAAGCAACAAUGAGAUUGUGCUGGUGUUACAGCAUUUUGAGAACUGCGUCGAUAAGGCCGUGCAGGCUUUUUUAGAAGGCAGUGCAGCUGAGAUCCUGAAGGAGUGGAAUGUCACUGGAAAAAAGAAGCCCAAGAAGAAAAAGAAGCCCAAACCUCAGCCAGAAGCCCCAGCAGAACCUGCUCCACCUGAGGCCACAUCGCCCGAAGAGGGCAAGGACGAGCUGAAUGGCUUUCAUGCCAACGGCUCAGUAAUGGACGGAGAGUCUCUUGAUUCGCUGAGUGAACACUUGGACUCUGCCUCCCUGGAUGCAGCCGAGCUGGACUCUGAACCUGCUACAUCCGAAACCACCGGUGCAGAAGCAGAAAGUCAAGGUAGUGCUCCAAGUCCCACCUCUCAGCCAGGAGGAAGAAAUCACCAGGCUCCCAGAGGCAAUAAGUCACGACAAAGGCCAAACUCAAAUUCAUAUCAUCCCCCUGCCUCAUUAGCAUCUAACACAGAUGAGCAAGGAUCAUCAGGAGUAAAGAAGAUGGCUUCCAACAUUGAUCGCUCUGUGAAGGACCUGCAGAGAUGUACUGCAUCACUGACUCGCUACAGGAUGGUGGUCAAGGAGGAGAUGGACUCCUCAGUAAAGAGGAUGAAGCAGACAUUUGCUGAACUACAGAGCUGUUUAAUGGACAGAGAGGUGACUCUGCUGGCAGAAAUGGACAAAGUGAAAGCUGAUGCCAUGAUGAUCUUGGACGCCCGGCAGAAGAGAGCCGAGGAGCUCCGGCGGCUGACAGAUAAGUCGGCAUCCAUGUCAGAGGAGCAGCUGACUGAACUGCGUGCAGACAUCAAGCACUUUGUGAGCGAGCGUAAAUACGAUGAGGACCUUGGAAAAGCUCUAAGAUUUACAUUUGAUCUUGAACCGCUGAAGACGAGCAUUGCAGGGUUUGGAUCAGUUUACCACCCACGUACAGGCUACUCAAACCGAUCCCGCUGUAGCUCCACAUCAUCUUCUGUCGCCAGCCCCACCCUGCCGGAGACGCCUGCUCCUACCCAGAUCCAGAGCAACCACCCAAGUGAAACCCGUCCUCCACCAGCCAAACAGAUUUUCCAAGGAAACAGGCGUACCUUCCACGGACAAGGUUAUCACACAGGUGGUCAGCGGUAUAACGGUGGUUCCUACAAUGACAGGAACGCUGGUCGUGCAAACCACCGCCAUCAGAAUGAUGGUGCCUCCUCUGGGCCUACAUCACAGCACUCUAACAACUCAAGAGGUCCCUCGCAUUCCUCCACAUCCUCUCACAACCAAGACCGACCCUCUCACAAUGGGCUUCCCCAAAGGGUUCCACGAACACAUGGUCCUUGACAUUAAAAAAAAACAAAAAAUCACAAGCUCAAUCAAACCCAUCAACUAACCCUUGAACUCCUCCUUCUCUCCACAUACCCUUCCCCAACCCUUCACCUCCUCCCCACCUACUAACUCCUUUUAAUGAAGAAUAGAAUACAAGUUUACAUAUUUCUGUCAGUUGAGCUGUAGUGCCGCCUCGCCACAUCAAUCAAUUCAUCCUUCAAACUUGAAAAGCGCUCACUGUUCUAUAAUCGCUCUUCCUCUUUCUUUUCUCGCUCCUGAUGACGGUUAACAGUUUCUAUCUUUAGGCCCCUUUUGAGAGAUCUUACUGUCAUGCUAUUGUCAGUCUCUGAUAUUAGUUUUAGCAGUUAAAGCAGACUGCCAGAGACUGACAUGAUUACCUGCAACAAUUUGUGCACUAUUGAAGUUGAACUCUUAGUACUUUUUCUAUUUUUACUGUGGCUUUGUCAGCUCUCUGAUUCGAACCUCAGAUCUUAUUAUUCUGCUUGUCUCCCAGAACCAUUUCAAUGCCUUCACCACGGAAAGCGUUGUGAAAGUGUAAAAGCAGUUCUAGCAUUAGCUGGGACUUCUGAAGAGUAGACAUGCAAUCAACACUACAAACUGUCAUUAAUCAUUGCAAGGUAAAGAAAAAAGAGACAUAUCAAACUGUAAUCCAGAGCUUUUUGUACGGCUGCUACAAACCGUAGGGAACUUGUUAACGCUAGGACUUGGCUGUAUUAAGAGUAACACUGUGGACACAGAUGGUUACCCUUUUGAAAGGAGUAGUUUAACAUUUGUCAGUGCGCUUUCCCUCACUCUUUGCUCUGAGUUGCAUAAGUAGAUUAACACACGUGUACACUAAAUAUGAAUCUGGCAGCUGAUUAGAUUAGCUUGGUGUGAAGGCUGCAGAAGGAGAGUAACUGCGUUGGCUGUCUUAAUGUGGCAAACUGCACCUCUAAAUUCACUAAUUCACACAAUCUUUUCUGGGGUUUUGCACAAAACUGGGAUUUUUCUGGGGGGUUAAGUUUGAGGCUAGCUGUUACUCAUUUCUGGCUUUAAUGCUGAACUGAUUGGCUGCUGCUUGUAGUUCCUUAUUUAAUGUAAGCACAAGUGUGUUAUCUACCUCCUCAUCUGACUGCAUGGAGGUGAGAAGUGCCUAUCCCAGUGUCAAAUGUCAAACUACUCCUUUUUAAUAUUGCCUAAGGCAGUGAUGUAUCGCCCUCCCACUGGCCGCCGGAGUUAUCAUGUGUGCUGUUUUUUGUUUUUUCUUAGCUAGCUGUCCAUUGUUUUAUAACAAAGAGGGCUCAUUACCUUUUGUAGAAUAAUGUUAAAUAUGUAAAAACUCUCAACAAAGGAAAAGUCCUUUGUGGUGCACAUGCUUUUUCAUAGUUCUGAACAUUUAUUCACAGGCCGUUUGUUCUUUGUGUUUUUCUUGUUAUAUGCACACGAAUGGCAUAUUAAUGUCGUGCUUGCCUUUAGUCACAGACUUCACAUUUGCCUUUCUAGAAACAUGGAUGUCUGCAUCAUGAUGGCUUUGUAAACAGACGGUACUCAUAGAGCAGAUAUGUGAUUUAUGAAUAUGUGCAAAAACAAAGUGUAGGAUCUAUUCUUCCCCUUCUCCUGCCUGACUGAUAUAGAUAUCAGCCAUUCACUGAUUUAUGGAUAUUGGCAUGUAUGCUGUGUUUUUUUUUAAACAACAUAAUGCAGAAAAAAGAUGCUUGGGGUACUAGAAUUAAAAGUUUGUCCAGCAGUGUGACUCCAUUGUUUACAAAACUCUCAGCAGUGCCUGCUGCACCACUGAGAAGAUGGAGGUGUGGAGUCGAGAAGUGUCUCCACAUUAAGUUACGACCUAGUUUGUGAAAUACAUUACUGGAAACUUAAUAAUGACCCCUGUAUUUUCAAUUUCAGUAGAUCCCAUAUUUUGUGUGUGUGGGUGUGUGUGUGUGUGGGGGGGGUAUUGGCUGAUAUGUCGAUAUCUAGCGUCAGUUGGCUCUUCUUUUUAUGUCCACUCUGUGCAUCUAUGGAAGUAAAAUUGAGUAAACUGAUGAAUGCAUUAGAGGGUUGUAUUGAUUUCUUAGAUCUUUUUUUUUUUUUUUUUCCCUGCCAAGUAGCUGCUGCUGUUGGGGCUCAAUCUCAUCGUAGUGUCCAGUUUGUGAACAAAAGGCUGGCAAGUACCUCGUCGCUCAUCCUUCGACACUACCCGUUUCGAAGUCGUUCUCUCACAGUGGGCUCUUAGUUUGGGACAUGGACCCCCUGGUGAUUCCUCCUCUUAUAAUCCUGUAGUUAAUGUACAUAUGAAAGGCUGUAGUGGAAAAUCGGUUGUUACAUUAUUGCUGCAUCUUCUUCAUAACAUAUUGUCUUCCUUUGAGCAGAUUUUUUUUUUUUUUUUUUUUUUUUUUUUUUUUAAAGGGGGGUUUUUGGUUCUUAAAAGAGUUUCUGGGCAUAUGGAGCUUUUUUUUCCUGCCCCAUUGAGAUUAACACUCUUUACGUAGUUAAAUUAGUGAGUAUUUGUGUAGAAAAGAAUGCAAACUGGUUUCUGAACUUUGGUAAAUGUUUUCUAGCUUGUCUUGAAAGGAUGAUUUAGCGUUAUGGGAAAUGAGCUUUUAGCUUGUUACAGUAAGACAAAACUAUCUGGAACAAUGAGUUAGCUUGGUCUGGCAUCAAGCCAGGAAUUGGGUAGAUUCCUUUCACAUUAAACGGGCCCAGAUUGUGGGUUUUUUUUGUUGUUGUUUUGUUUUCCCUCCUAACAUUUUUUUUCUUUUAAGACAGCUGCUUCAGAAAG